AUUACUGUACUUUUUCCACCCGAGUAGGUUUAUGUUGAGUCUGAAUAUGAGUGUGUUGGUGACCUAAGAUUUGCUGACGAGGUCAUCAAAGAGUGAGGUGUAAGUUAGUACCUGCAGUUUACCUGGGUAUUACUUCGAACCUGUUUUUAGCUGUCACGGUUGGUUGAGCUACACCUGUGAUGGGAUGCACCUGACUGCUCCUUAGUAACGGUAAAGUUUAGUGGAGAUAGAUGUAAACAUGACCUGUAUCUAACUGUAUCUAUAACUGCCACCUCGACCGCAGUACCCGUGUAACGCUUCUCUAACAAUGGGCAGUGGCAAUUCCUCCCCCUCAGGGGGCUCCUCCUCCUCCUCUGGAAACAGGCAGAUAGCUGGACGGUCCAAUCCACCGGUCACUUUUGUUGUCAACGAGGAAAAGCAAGCAGGGCCCGAGUCAGAACUAGCAACCCUGAUCCAGGUGAAGUCUGUGAGUUUCCUCAUCGCUGAGAAUUGUCCUGAUCAUCACACAGACGAGUAUGACAUUACACAGGACGAUAAAGCACCUAAACUGGUGGUCAGGAGAGGUCAGUUCUUCAAGAUUCAAGUGGAGCUUGACCGUCCUUACGACAAGUCCAAGGACAAGAUGUCUCUGGAGUUUGAUAUAGGAAAUUGUCCCACUCAGACCAAACGCACUCUGAUCAAGGUGGACCUAGACGGAAAAGAGGAGAAGAAUAAGUGGAAUGCCAAAAUAGAGAGUGCCGAAGAGACAAAACUGAUUGUCAGUGUACGGCCCGCUCCGGACUGUAUCAUUGGGCGCUGGGGAUUCCACAUCAGGGUCUCCAACAGAAACAGCAGAGGCAAAGACACUCCCUACGCAUACAAGAUUUACAAAGAAGAACACAAGAUCUAUAUCCUCUUCAAUCCUUGGUGCAAAGAGGACACUGUCUUCCUUGGCGAGGAAGGUCUCCUGAAAGAGUAUGUACUCAAUGAUUCUGGAAGGAUCUACUACGGAAGUAAAAGAAGGAUUAAACCUCGUUCCUGGAACUUUGGACAGUUUGAUGAUGUAAUUCUCGACUGUGUCCUUGACCUUCUCCACGGAAGUGGAAUAGACAUGAAAGCCUGUGCCAGCUCUGUACUGGUAGUCCGCAAACUGACCGCUUUGGUAAACAACAUUGGAGAUAACGGUGUACUGGCAGGCAACUGGUCCGGCAAAUAUGAGGGGGGCAAAUCCCCAACAAGCUGGGCAGGAAGUGUAGCGAUACUGGAGCAAUACUAUAGUACCAAGAGACCGGUAAAGUACGGCCAGUGCUGGGUCUUCUCCGGUGUACUAACCACCUGUUGCCGUACCCUGGGUAUCCCUGCCAGGAGUGUGACAAAUUUUGGCUCUGCUCAUGACACUGAUACCAGUCUCACAAUAGACAAACACUUUGACAUGAACAGAAAACCUCUCAAGAAAUACAACUGUGACUCUGUAUGGUAA